UUAUGUGACAUAGUUUAAUACAAAAGAAUAAAAAAGAGGAUGUCUCAAUGGAGAUGAAAAACUGCAGUGGGGUAAAAGAAUUUAUUUUCCUUGGCCUAUCCCAGAAUCAAGGAAUAAGUUUGGCCUUAUUUCUUUUCCUACUUUUGGUGUAUGUGACAACUCUGCUGGGAAACUUCCUCAUCAUGGUCACUGUGACCUGUGAAUCCCGCCUUCACACACCCAUGUAUUUUUUGCUCCGUAAUUUAUCUGUUGCCGAUAUCUGCUUUUCCUCCAUCACAGCUCCCAAGGUUCUGGUCGACCUUAUGUCUGAGAGAAAGACCAUCUCCUUCAAUGGCUGCUUCACUCAGAUGUUCUUCUUCCACCUUAUUGGAGGGGUGGACGUAUUUUCUCUGUCAGUGAUGGCAUUAGAUAGAUACGUGGCCAUCUCCAAGCCCCUACACUAUGUGACCAUCAUGAGUAGAGGCCGUUGCAUUGGGUUAAUAGUGGCUGCCUGGGUGGGGGGCUUUGUCCACUCCAUCGUACAGAUUUCCCUGUUGCUCCCCCUCCCCUUCUGUGGACCCAAUGUUCUUGACACUUUCUACUGUGAUGUCCCUCAGGUCCUCAAACUCGCCUGUACAGACAUUUUCAUGCUUGAACAAUUGAUGAUUUCCAACAAUGGACUUCUCACCACACUGUGGUUUUUUUUGCUCCUGGUUUCCUAUAUGGUCAUACUAUCAUUACUCAAGUCUCAAGCAGGUGAGGGCAAGAAGAAAGCCCUCUCCACCUGCACCUCUCACAUUACAGUAGUGACCCUGCAUUUUGUGCCCUGCAUCUAUGUCUAUGCUCGGCCCUUCACUGCCCUUCCCACAGAUAAGGCCAUCUCUGUCACCUUCACUGUCAUCUCCCCUCUGCUGAACCCCUUGAUCUACACUCUGAGGAACCAGGAGAUGAAAUCAGCCAUGAGAAGACUGCAGAGAAGACUUGUGCCCUCCAAAAGGAACACACUGAUACUUCCCUCCUCUCACCAUCUUUAA